AUGCCGCGCACACAAGUCCGAAAAAUUUGCUUAACUUCGGGAAGCACAUCCCAGUUUCCAGAAGAGAUAGCCGGAGAAUUAAGAAACUAUUACAACUCCCUAUACAAUCUCCGCCCACCAGAGGACACAGCCCAACAACGAAACUUAUUAGAACAAACACAGACUUACCUACAAGAUAACGUGCGGGCAAGGAUAAACCCGGAGGCCGCAUCCAUCCUCGACGAACCAAUUACAACGGAAGAUCUAGCGGUGGCAUUAAAAAACACGAAAACAGGGAAAGCACCGGGCCCGGACAGGUUCUCCACAG